UCAUAAUUAUCUUUUACCCUAUUUGCACAACUUAUGCACUUAGAGGGUUUGGAUUUCUUGCUUAUUGCCAAGAAUGAUAUAUGUCCAUGUAUACUUCAUGAGGAUUUUGCUUGUAUGAUUACCUCAUAUCAGGAAACAAGUUGUCUGCUGUUAGGAUGAUGGACAAAGAUUGGGUGCGUUUGAUUAGGUAAUAAAAAUAUACCUUCAGGCUACUACACAAAAAGUGGUUGUAUAUUAUUAAAGUGUUUAACAUAUUUUCCUUCAACAUUGGUAGAUCCACUGAUAAGUAUAUGAACGCAGCAUCGAGUUUUGUGAAAAUGGCUAACCAAAAUGUCGGAAAUCUAGGAAAGAUUCUAUGCCCUUGCAAAGAUUGCCAUAAUUUAAGCCACCACUGUCUAGAGGAUGUUUAUGAGCACUUAGUAAUAAAGGGAAUGGAUCCUACAUACACAACUUGGUUUCAUCAUGGGGAGCACCCAAGUGCAAUUGAAAACCCUAAAGAAGUGGAAAUGUCGGAUGCUUAUAACUUGUAUAGUGCGGCAUAUACACGUGAUGAAGAGCAUGUUGAACCACGGGAAGAAAAGAGGGACGAGUUUGCAAAAUCAUUAGAAGAUGCUGAAACUCCAUUGUACCCAGGUUUCCAAAACUAUACGAAGUUAUCAGCAAUCGUAAAAUUGUACAAGCGUAAAACUGAUAAUGGGUGGUCUGAUGAGAGCUUUAGUGGUCUUCUGGAGGAUCUACAUGAUAUGUUCCCUCCGGAUAAUGUAAUGCUAGACUCCAUGCAAGCUGUUAGAAAAUUUCUCAAAGCAUUUAAACUGGGUUACGAAAAAAUCCAUGCUUGUGUGAACGAUUGUUGCUUAUUCAGGAAAGAGAAUGCAGAGUUGGAGAAUUGCCCCAAAUGUAAUAGUUCAAGAUGGGAGGUAGAUGUACGCACAAAGAAAAUAAGAAAAGGGGUUCCUGCGAAAGUUUUGAGAUAUUUUCCUAUAAUAUCGAGGAUUCAAGACAUGUAAAGGUCAGCGGAGAUGGCUAAAAAUUUGAAGUGGCACUCCACUCAUAAAAGCCAAGAUGGAAAGAUGCGCCACCCAGUUGAUACCCCCACGCGGGAGACAGUUAAUUCUAAGUGUCCGUCUUUCGCAGAAGACCCACGCAAUCUAAGGCUUGGUCUUGCUACUGAUGGUUUUAAUCCAUUCGGCAAUUUGAGCUCUACGUAUAGUUGUUGGCCUGUUAUGUUGGUUAUAUACAACUUGCCACCUUGGUUAUGGAUGAAGAGAGAAAAUGUUUUAUUGACAUUGUUAAUCCCAGGACCUAAGCAACUCGGUAAUGAUAUUGAUGUGUAUUUACAACCGCUCAUUGAGGACCUACAAUAUUUGUGGAGCAGUGGUACAAGUAUUUAUGAUAUACUCACGGACUCUAGGUUCAAGUUGAGGGCAAUUUUGUUAUGGACAAUAAAUGAUUUUCCAGCAUAUGGAAAUCUUGCUGGGUGUAAGACAAAGGGUAAAACUGCAUGUCCAAUAUGUGGAGAACAUACACACUUUUUAUGGUUAAAAUUUUGUAAAAAGAUGAUAUAUAUAUGGGGCAUAGGUGCUUUCUUUCACCAUCCCACCCUUUUCGAAAGAAGAAAGCAUGGUUUGACGGAAAGGAAGAGAAAGGGAAAAAGCCUCCAAUCAUGACUGGCCGUAGGAUUUCACUUGCUCUUAAAGGUUUUAAGAAUGAUUGGGGAAAAGGCAAAAAGCGAAAAGGUGGAACGUCAAAAAGAAAGCGAGAUGAUGAAGAUAAACAAAUGUGGAAAAAGAGGUCAAUCUUUUUUGAUCUACCAUACUGGGAGGCAAGUGUUAUUUAAAUGCAUUGUCAUUAUAUUAAUAUUGAUUUCAUGUUAUGUUCUAGUAGGUUUUAUGAGUUGGUAUCUAAUUGUCUGCGUAGGAAUUGCCAAUUCAUCAUAACUUAGACGUAAUGCAUAUCAUAAAAAAUAUUUGUGAGAGCAUUAUUGGCACGCUAUUGGAUAUCAUUGGAAAAUCUAAGGAUGGCCUAAAUGCUCGCAAGGAUUUACGAAUUUUGGGAAUAAGGAAUGAUUUGCAUCCAGAAGAGCGAGGGACAAAAACAUACCUUCCUCCAGCUCCAUAUACUCUUUCUAAGGCUGAGAAACAGAUUUUUUGCAAGAGGUUAUUUGAUUUGAAAUUACCUGAUGGAUAUAGCUCAAACAUUGGGAACUGUGUAUCAAUGGAUGAGUUGAAGGUUGCAGGUCUCAAAUCCCAUGACUAUCAUGUGCUAAUGCGACAAUUGUUGCCUGUAGCCUUAAAAGGAUUGCUACCAAAGGGACCUAGAAAUGCAAUACUUCGCGUUUGUUCAUUCUUCAAUAGGUUGUGUCAAAGAGUCAUUGAUCGAGAAGAACUGGAAGCCCUUGAAGAUGAAGUUAUGGAAACCUUAUGCAUGUUUGAGACGUUCUUUCCUCCCUCAUUCUUUGACAUCAUGGUUCACUUAAUAAUUCACUUAGUACGAGAAGCACAACUUUGUGGUCCUGUUCAUUACCGUUGGAUGUUCCUUUUCGAGAGACAUAUGAAGAUUUUCAAGGGAAAUGUUAGGAAUCAAGCACGACCUGAAGGUUGCAUAGCAAAAUGCUUUCUUGCAGAAGAGUGCAUGACAUUUUGUAGUAGACAUAUGAAGAAACCUGUGGGAGCAGAUUACCGAGAAAGGCCGAAAUCAAGAUCUCGAGAAUGAUGUAAUUCUUGAAGGUCGUCCAAUAUCAGCUGGCACAUCAAUUACAUUGAGUGAGGAUCUGUUGGAAAGUGCACAUCGUUAUGUGUUAUUCAAUACAGCAAUUGUGGAACCAUAUUUGGAGGAAGUUUGAUAGAACUUUAAAUGUUGAAUUGGUAGCUUAAGUGGAUGAAUCACUUCCUUCUUCUUUUUUCCUAUUAUGAUACAUCUAGAGGAGCUAAGGCAAUCCAAUCCAAGCGUUCAACUACAAAAAAAAUAAAAGUCUACUUUUGAGGAGACACGCUGACACCUUUUCAAACUGGUUGAAAGAACAGAUUCUGAUACAAUCCUGCCCAAAUAAGGAAUUGGAUAGACUACAAUGGUUGGCAAAUGGUCCUAGAAAGCAAGCAAUGAGCUACACUGGUUAUAUCAUCAAUGGGCAGCGGUUUCACACAAAGGAUGCUGAAAAAUCAACGCAAAAUAGUGGUGUUUCCAUUGAUGCAACAACCAUGUGUAGAGCAAGUGUGAAGGACACGGCGCAAGUUGUUGAUGUAGUUUCAUACUAUGGAGUGAUCAAAGAAAUAGUUUUGUUAGAUUAUCAUAAAUUCCAACUUCCAAUGUUCAAGUGUGAUUGGGCAAAUAUUGGUCAUGGUGUUAAGAUUGAAGCUGGCUUUACACUUGUUAACCUACACCAAGGUCAGACGCAAUAUGACAAAGAGCCCUUCAUCCUUGCUUCACAAGCAAAACAAGUUUUUUAUUCAAGAGAGGCAGACUCUUCCAAUUGGUAUGUUGUACUAAAAGCACCACCUAGGGGUUUUUACGACAUGGAAAUGUUUGAAGAAAUCGUUGAUAGUUCUUCCAGACUACAAGAUGUUUCAGCACUUGGUAUGGACAUUGAUGAUGAUAAUGAAGGAGAUCAAGUAACUAAUGCAAGAGAAGAUUGCACGGGCACACUAGUAUGAUUUGUGUAAUUAUCGAGUUAUUGAAAGGAAAUCUUAGUUGGACAUUCGCACCUUUAAAUUGUCGUGCCUAUUUUCAAUUGUCGUGUCAUUUUGGAUAACAUAUAUUUGGUUACUCCUUUUUUUUUCAUAUCUCUAACUUCAUUUGCUAUGUCGCUUUAUCUAUCUUUUGCUACAAUGACAACGUAAUGUGAGUUACAUGCAUCUUUUGAUCUACUUAACUAAUUUCAUGACAAGUUUUGCGAACAGGUGCAGCAUGUCUCCUAGUAAAGAGUUAUCACGUGACUUGCAUCAUAACCAAACACCGAGUCAAGAAAGUCCUGAGACAUUACCAAAUGUUGUCCCAAAUAGUCCAGCAAUAAAUGUUGCCCAUACAAUAGAGUCACAGAAGCUGAAACGCAAAAGAGGGCCAACCAAGCUAAAAACCAUUGCUGUCGAUGGAGGUGGUCGGAUUGAAGUUAAGUUCGACCAGAAUGGUCAACCAAUUGGUGAUGGAUCAAUCAAGUUGUCUUCUUUCUUAGGGCCUCUAGUUCGAGAGAUUGUACGAUAUACACUUUCGGAUUGGCUAAAGCUUCCUUCGGGAUUGGCAGCAGUCCUAUGGCAAUCGAUUCAGGUUAGAUUCAAUCUUAAUGAAGAAUGGCAUAGAGAAUUGGUUUUCCAGAGAAUGGUUGAAGUUUAGAGAGCCUCAAAGUCGAGGUUAGUCACAAAAGUAAAGAAUGCUCCAAACGAGGAAGCAAGGCUAAAGCUACAGCCUGAUAACGUCAAAUCACUACAUGAUUGGAAGGAUUUUGUGAAGGAAAAGACUAGUGUAGCAUUCAAUGUUAAAAGUGAAAAGUUUCAAGAGAUGAGAAAGAAACAACUGGAGCUGCAACAUACUAUGAGUCGUAAGGGAUAUGCACGGUUGACCACUGAGCUGAAUGAAAUGGAAAAAAUUGAACUGGAUGCACAAAGCUCAUCUUCGACUAAUUUGAAAGAAGAUCCUUUUUCUAAAGUGAUUGGUCCCGAGAGGAAUGGUCGUGUAAGAACAUUUGGAAAAGGAGUCACAAAAACAAAAUUAACUAUAUUAUCACAAAUGAAUGGUCAAAUGGCUGAGAUUCGUGAGGAAAAUGUUCAAUGCAAGUCUAAAAUUGCACGUAUGCGGAAUAAAAUUGACGAGUUAAAGAAAAACCAAGCUCAGAAUCCGGCAACAGAAGGAGCACCAACUGCACCCAUUGUUUCUCCCUCGAGCGUUAACACUACUAACCCACAUAGCGGCAAGUGCAUUUUGCUUGAUUGGAUGGGGACGGGAGACGUAGUUGCUGAAGGAUGUUGGUCUUCUAGUGAUCCAAGUGCAACUGUUCAUCAUGUUCCCAUCGGACCUAACACAAUGAGAGUUUGGGUGGUUGUUCCAAAGAAGCCUGAAAUGUUUUUGUGGAGGCAAACAAGUUUUAUGACUACUAUUGAAGAAGCUGUUGGAUCUACCGUUGCAUGGCCUGCUGACAGGUUCUUAUGGAAUCUAACCCAGGGUUUAUGGGUUGAUAAAGAAGAGAGAAGGUUUUUUUGUGACUUUUUGUUGAAGAUCGAUAUAGGUAUGAUCUGCUAGUGCGCUGGUUGUCAUGACCGCUUGAAAGGACUAUUUUGGUUCGAAGUCUUUUUGUUAAUAUUUUGGUGCCAAGGCUUAAACUCCACUUUUGGAAUACAUAGAUGUUUCGGAAGGCCUUUUUGUUAAUAUUUUGGUGCCAAGGCUUAAACUCCACUUUUGGGAUACAUAGAUGUUUCGGAAGGCUUUUUUGUUGAUAUUUUGGUCUCAAGGCUUAAACUCCACUUUUGGGAUACAUAGAUGUUUCGGAAGGAUACAUAGAUGUUUUGGAAGGCCUUUUUGUUGAUAUUUUGGUGUCAAGGCUUAAACUCCACUUUUGGGAUACAUAGAUGUUUCAAAAAGCCUUUUUGUUGAUAUUUGGUGCAAAGCUUUUACUCCACUUAUGGAAUAGAUAGAAAUGUGGAAAAGACAUGUAGCAUACUGAUUUUCUUUUAUGUAAUGGUGAUCGCUCUGAUGUUUGGAGACAUGUUUUGUUGGUUUUUAUGCAAAUUGCAAAUAUAUUGCCGAGGA